GAAACAAUGGUUUUUUUCAUAAUGUUAAGCACGUAACUUCAAUCCAACUAGUGAUUUUAAUAGCCAAUGGAGUUUUCUAUCCAAUACAUUUUAUAGCAAGAUUUCACAGAUGAACAAUGAUGACAAGGUUCUUAAAAAACCGAAUACGGUAUUUUUCAGGUUCUAGAAGACUUUGCCAGAGCUAUUUUUGAAUGGUGCCAACUUAAAGAGCACAAAUUCUGAACAAAAUGAGGGAUUGCCGAGUUUUCUACGAAUUUCUCGUAAAAAGUUACAAGCAUCACAAAAAUCAUGAAAAAGGCGUUUUUAGUCAAUUUUUAAAAAAAUUUCGUUUUUUCAUGAUUUUUGUUAUGCUUGUAACUUUUUAUGAGAAGGUCAUAGAAAACUCGGCGAACCCUCAUUUUGUUCAGAAUUUUGUACUCUUUAAGAUGACACCAUUCAAAAAUAGCUCUGGCAAAGUCUUCUAGAACUUGAAAAAUACUAUGUUCGGUUUUUUAGGAACCUUGCCAUCAUUGUUCAUCAGUGAAAUCUUACUAUAAAAUGUAUUGGAUAGAAUACUCCAUUGGCUAUUAAAAUCACUAUUUGGAUUAGAGCUACGUGCUUAACAUUAUCAAAAAAAAACCCAAAAAGUCUUUAUUUCUAAACUUUUUCCCACCACUUUACUUUUCGUUAAUUCUAUACGAAUAGAAUUUUUGUAUUGACAGGUGGUGUUCGUAGUUGUUGUACUUAUGUGGGUGCUGGUAAAUUAAAAGAACUAAGUCGACGAACAACAUUUAUUCGUGUUAGUCAACAAUUGAAUGAAAUAUUUUCUCCAAAUACAAUACAAGGCUAA